AAGGCUUCCACUGUUAAUGGGAAGAAUUCAUCUCUUCACAUGAAGGCUGAACAACCUGACAGCUGUAGCAAAACGGAUGUUGGUGAAAGGGAAGCUGAAAACGUGGAUCCUGAAUCAGAGGAGCUCCGUCGUUUAAGCUUAUCAAGCGAUAUGACAAAUGUCUCAACGUACUCGUACGAGAAUAAUAAAAUAAAGCGUGCCUCCUGGUGUUGUGGUUCUGCAUACUGGACCGUUAUUCCAGAGUUUCGUGGUUCGAUUCCCGGCGAAGGCGUUGCUAAUUUUUCAUCUUUCCUGCUUCCAAAAAAAAUACCUAAUGUCACUACUGUGGCACCUGAACUAAAAGGGUCAAGGAUGAUGAUUAACCAUACCCAGGAUUUGGCGUCUGGGUUUCCUAAAAUCCCCAGUUGGCCAUCAAAAAGGAGACGUUUACAUGUGCAAAGAGGAAAAACCAUUCAUUUUUAACAAGCAGUCGAAACGAA